AAAUGAAAUCAGGAAGUAAGCUGUCUGCUAGGAAAAUAGAAAUUGGGGACACUCUGUUGCAGACCUGUAACAAACCGGCAAGGCGGUCUCCUCAUUGCCAAAAGCGUGCACAGUUGGGUUUGCUAGAUGACAGUAGAUGCUGAUUCUGACACAGAUCGAGAACUGUGUUAGUGUGUACAUAGGUUCACUUGAUUGUGUUGAUGUCUGCAGUGGAUACAACCAGAGAGCGAGGCCAGUUGUCUGAUGAGUAGGUUCUAAGAUUGCGUUGGUGACUGUGGAGGUACUACUAUCCUGACAAUGUAUCAGAAGUACAAGCAUCAGAUGGACUCACAGGAAAAAAGGUCACAUGACCAGAUGGCACCCGAGAUGUCUGACGCCGCGAGGAGAGUAGAGAGUUGCUGGGAGCAGAUCGACACCGAGGACAAGAAGUACCAGGACUGGAAGCCACCUCCUCCUGAUCUUCCUGGUUUUAUGGGAUGGAGGACUGUUCGCAUAUUUGUCUCCUCAACAUUCACUGAUUUUUUCAAUGAAAGAGAGAUCCUUGUCAAGAAGGUGUUCCCUGAGUUACGGGAAUGGGGCAGUGAGAGGAAGAUUCGCAUCAUUGACUGUGACCUGCGUUGGGGUGUGCCCCAGGAUUCCACGACAGCGGAGACAAUCGCUAUCUGCAUGGAAGAGCUGGACACCUGUCACCAAGUCAAUGAAGGAGAACCGUUCUUUCUGAAUCUGGUGGGAGAAAGGUAUGGGUGGAUCCCCGGGGGUGGCGACAUCACCGAGGAGGUGAUGCAGAAAUAUGACUGGGUGGAAGGAACCUCCAUCACUUUUAUGGAGGUCCUGCAUGGAGCAUACAGAAAAAAGAACCCGAAUGCAGCUUUCUUCCUCCGUGACCCAGCGUUUCUGUCUGAAGUGUCUGAGACUCAUGUCAGUAGGUUCAUAGAAGCAGUGGACUUGGGUAGAGAGCAUCUCAAGAUGUUCAAGACACGGUUAAAGCAACAAUUCCCGGAUCAGAUAUUCAACUACAGUGUUCAGGCAGCUGGCAUGUCUUCAUCCACAGGACGAGAGAAGGUGCAGUUGACUGGCCUGGAUGACUUUGCUGACCAAUGUCUUGAGUUUUUCAAGUCGGCCAUCACUAGGAAAUAUCCGGAGCAGCUGACACUAGCAACACUUUCCUUAGAGGAGCAAGAAAAAGAACUUCAACGUAUCUUCAUCAUUGAGAAGGCAGAGCUUGUGAUUGGACGUGAACAGGAAGUGCAGACACUGAUGGGAUACAUGACUGAUCCAGGGUCAUGUGACCUGAGCAAAAUCGAUGGCGGGGAGGCAGGAAUAAGGAAGCCGGACUUAUGGACGCUGACCCCCGAGGACAACCUGCUGUGUGUGGUGCAGGCCAAGAGUGGGUGGGGGAAGACCUCGUUGUUAGCUCACCUGGUCCUCACAGCAAUAGAGAAAGGUCACAAGAUAUUCUAUCACUUCAGCGGCAGCACUAGUCGUAGCCGGGACACCUCAGACAUGUUGUUCCGACUGAUGGAGGCACUGACAGAAAAGGAGGUGUUGCAAGAAGAAAGGGAGAACUUUUCUACUUCAGUGAGCAAACAGCAGGAGCUCCUCAACAAAGCCCUUGUGAAGUUCCAGGAGACUGGGAGGAAACUCACCAUCGUCAUUGAUGCAGUGAAUGAGCUGAAUCAGAGCAACCUGGUCGACCAUUUGAGCUGGUUACCGCCAUCUGUGCCAUCCAACAUUGCCCUGAUCGUGAGCUGUAACGAACACCCACCGACACUGGCGAGACUGAAGGAACAUCCCUGCUACUGGAUGACAGUGGGAGAACUGGGGGAGAGCCACAUGCGUAGUAUCGCUGUAUCCUACUUGGGGCGAUACAACAAGCACCUGCACAAGGACCAACUGACCGCACUGACACAGGACACUAAGGUGGACAGCCCCCUGUGGAUGACCCUCGUCUGUGAGGAGCUGCGUGUGUUCGGGGACUUCCAGAUGGUCACGCAGAAGAUCCACAGUUUGCCCGACACGCUCGACGGACUGUUCGGUGUCAUCUUCAACCGACUACUGGCGGAGGACGACACCGGCUGCAUUAAGAAGGCUGUGUGUCUGAUUGCCACCUCUCCAUCUGGGAUGGCGACUGAGGACGUCCUCAAGCUGCUGGGGGACGUGGGGACACGGGAGGAGGCGCCGCCCUUACAUUGGGCGCUGGCCCGGAGACACCUCAAACCCUACCUGCGCGUGGCCGGAUUCCCCGCGGAGUUUGUCACAUUCUCCCACGAGAAAAUAUUUAAGGCAGUUGAAGGUCAUGUGAUCACAUCCCGCGAUGAGCGGAACAAGUGGCAGCUACACCUGGCUGACUUCUACCAGUACUGGAGUGACAACUCCCGACUGAGGACCCUCCUGCUGCCGGACCUACUCAGGAACGUCGGCCUGAAGGACAGGAUGGUCAAGUUUAUGACAACCGACAAAGACUCUUGGGCUGUGAGCCCCUACCAGAGGAGCAGCUAUCUCCGCUGGUGUCGGUGCACACGUCCAACGGGUGGAUCCUGGUCCAGCAAGCCGGUCAUGAUCUGCACGUUCUGCAGACACAAACAACAGUGCUUCAACCCCGCCAACAGGUGGCAGGCUCAUGUCUCCUGCGUCAUCUGUGGCGCCAAUUGCUUCAGCCACAUGACGGCGACCGCUAGUCUGUGCACAUUCCAUGGUGUUGGUACCCCAACCAGUGCUAAGUGUGUCAUCUGUAACAGACACAUGAGUCUCCAAGUUAAAAUGUCCGGGGAUAUCCAAGGACGUCUGUGUGGUCAGUGUGGAUUUGGCAACUAUGGGAAGAUGUGUUCCUAUGUCGGUCAGUAGGGAACAACAGCUGGAACACUACUGGCAUUUGGCAGGGUAUGAUACUCCCAAAAUUUUCAGCCAGACCACAGGACUGGCUAGCUGAAAUACUUGCCAGCCCUGACCAAAACCUGCCUGCCCACUAUAAUCAUAUGUUUCUCCGGAUAAUUUAAUUAAAACUUUAAAUC